AGUGGUAGUGUGUGUGUGUGUAUGGUAGUGUGUGUGUGUGUGUGUGUGGUAGUGUGUGUAUGGUAGAGUGUGUGUAUGGUAGAGUGUGUGUGAUAGUGUGUGUAUGGUAGUGGUAGUGGUAGUGUGUGUGGGGGGGAGGCUUGUUAGCGAGAUAAACAAGCAGCCAGCCAGCAGCACAGAGCAGUCGGAGGAACAUGGCGGCAGCACAGUCAGCUAGCAGUAUGUCUGUUUCCCCUCAACGGAAGGUCAGACCGGGUUUAACACACGGCAUUUAACACAACACAAGAGACGGAAAGUUACAAGUCACGCUGAUAUGCAGUGAGGAUGAGUGGCGUCGUUGAAAACCUCUCGGACCCUGCUGCCAGGGCCGAGUCACGGAAACGCAAAGAAUGUUCCUCUGACCUACUGGGUCCCAGCCUCAAACAAAGCAACGAGAAGAGAAACCGCGAGCAUGAGAACAAGUACAUCGAGGAGCUGGCUGAGCUGAUCUUCGCCAACUUCAACGACAUUGAUAACUUCAACGUCAAACCUGACAAAUGUGCUAUCCUGAAGGAGACUGUUAAACAGAUACGACAGAUCAAGGAGCAAGAGAAAGCAGCAGCAGCCAAUGAGGAGGAGGUACAGAAGGCGGACAUCUCAUCAACGGGCCAAUCCGUCAUCGACAAGGAGGCUCUCGGACCAAUGAUGCUGGAGGCCCUGGACGGGUUCUUCUUCGUGGUGAAUAUGGAGGGUAACAUUGUGUUUGUGUCUGAGAACGUGACCCAGUACCUGCUGUAUAACCAGGAGGAGCUGAUGAACACCAGCAUCUACAGCGUCCUGCACGUAGGAGACCACGCUGAGUUCAUCAAGAACCUGCUUCCCAAGAGCCUGGUGAACGGUGUGCCGUGGUCCAGUGAAGGUCCCAGGAGGAACAGUCACACGUUUAACUGUCGUAUGCUGGUCAACCCUCACAGUGACAACAGGGACGAGACCAACGACCAUGAGAGACAGCAACAGAAAUACGAAGCCAUGCAGUGUUUCGCUGUCUCCGAACCCAAGAGCAUCAAGGAGGAGGCAGAAGACUUCCAGUCAUGUCUGAUUUGUGUGGCUCGCAGGAUGCCCAUGAAGGCGGGGCCAAUUCUUCCCGCACACGAGAGCUUCACCACCCGCCAGGACCUUCAAGGUAAGAUCACGUCACUAGACACCAGUCUUCUGAGAGCCUCUAUGAAGCCUGGCUGGGAAGACCUGGUGAGGACAAGUAUCCAGAGGUUUCACCUACAGAACGACGGAGAGAUGUCCUUCGCCAAGAGACACCAACAAGAGGUGUUGCAUCACGGCCAGGCAUUCAGCCCCAUCUACAGGUUCUCUCUGUCAGACGGGACCAUCGUGUCGGCUCACACCAAGAGCAAGCUGGUCCGCUCCCCUGCCACCAACGAACCCCAGCUCUACAUGUCUCUACACCUGCUACAGAGGGAACAAUCAAGGUCUGAUCUGGGCCCGGGUCAAGACAUGGGGCCCGGUGGACAGGGGCCAGGGAUCAGCCCCAACCCUUCCAUAACCCCUCCAACCCAGGGGACCCUCUCUGGUUUGGGCCCCCAGGGACAGGACACUACAAUCAGCUCCAACAGCACGUUCUGUUCCCCUCCUCAUGGAAGUCCAGGGUCCAGAGAACCAGGGCUCGGAGCCAUGGGGCCAGGGUCCAGAGAACCAGGGCUCGGACCCAUGGGGCCAAGGUCCAGAGAACCAGGGCUCGGACCCAUGGGGCCAGGGUCCAGAGAACCAGGGCUCGAAACCAUGGGGCCAGGGUCCAGAGAACCAGGGCUCGGAGCCAUGGGGCCAGGGUCCAGAGAACCAGGGCUCGGAGCCAUGGGGCCAGGGUCGGAACACAUACAGGACUACCACUACGGCUGCCCCCCCCAGCCCAUGGGCCACUCCGGAGGGUUACAGGGAGGCAUGAACCUCCACAUCCACCCUAACCAUCAAGGGGCUAAUUGGAGGAUGAGCAGCCCGUCUCGAAGCAGCCCUAGCCCAGCCGGAGGGGCCCAUCUGGGGCAACAGAUUUCUAUGUUGUCCCCUAGGCACAGGGCAAGUCCAGGGAUGGCAGGGAGCCCUCGCUUGGCCCCAAGCCUGCACUCGCCCUCCCCUGUGGGGAUGGCUGGGUCUGGAACAGGGGUUGCAGUAGGAGGUAGCGGUCCUGCGGCUAACAGUCAUGCUAACAGUCAUGCUAACAGCCAUGCUAACAGCCAUGCUAACAGUCAUGCUAACAGCUAUGCUAACAGCCACAGCUACGGCAGUAGUUCUCUGUCGGCCCUGCAGGCUCUGAGUGAGUGUCACGGGGUCAGAGAAGGCAGUGGUGAACACACACACCCUCACGGCGCAGGGGGCCAGCAUCCUCAAACACACGCCCUGGGAUCACCUGACAGGAAGACGAUGGGAUCGCCCGCUGGGAUGGCGUUGGGAUCAGGAGUCAACCCUCACAUGAUGUCGAAGCUUGGCGGCGGUAAGGGAAAUGGGGACUCUUUGGGCAGAGAGCAGGAACAUGGUCAGGGUGGACAAUAUGACCAGAGACAUACAGAUGGGAACGGUACCCACGGUAACCAUGGUACCCACGGUAACCACGCUGACAUCACAGAGGAGAGGGAUGGCCUCGACGGUGGCUCCGGCGCACAGAGCCGUAGACAACGCUGUGACAACAAGGGCCACACCAAACUCCUCCAGCUUCUCACCACCAAGUCCCAACCCCUCGACACCCCUUUGUCCCCCAACGGAGGAGGGGACCCCAAGGACCCCUCGUCAGGGCUGGGGGGCCCUUACGCUCCAGGGGGCCACGCCACCUCCCUAAAGGAUAAACACAAGAUACUUCACAGGCUGCUCCAGAACAGCACCUCUCCUGUGGACCUGGCCAAGCUCACUGCUGAGGCCACGGGCAGGGAGCUGGGGGAGCAAGGUGGGUGUGGUAACAGACAGACGGGACACGGUACGGACGGGAACCUCACACCCAAACAGGAGCCCCUGAGUCCCAAUAAGAAGGACAACGCCCUGCUGAGGUAUCUGAUGGAUAAAGAGGACAGUGGGAUGAAGGCGAGGCAGGGGAAGACGGAGGGAGCAGGAGGGCAGGUGAAGACGGAGAAACAGGAUUCAGGAUACGACCGCGCUGAACAGUCUUCAGAGUUGGAUGAAAUCCUCGAUGAGCUGCAGUGUGUCCAGCCCUCCUCCCUCCCCUCCUCCCUGGACAAACAGACCAUCAUCAACGACAUACUGCACAUCACCCAGGAAACCAGCCCUGGCAACCCCAACGCCAUGGCAACACAGCAGCAGCAGAGGGGCAUGCAGCGAGGCAUGGGGCCAGGCAACUACGGAUGUCCGGGGGGCCAGGGUCCAGGUAAGGGUUUGCCUUUGAGGAGUGUAUCCCUGGAUAUGAACAUGUCAGGGGGCCGGCCCCCACAGGGCCAGUAUCCCCCCAUGAGGACCCCCAGCCACUACACACUACAGCAGCAGCAGCAAGGCAUCAUGGGAAACCACGCCGCCGUGAUGUCCAACCAGGCCAACCUCGCAGGUCUAGUGAGUGGUCCUCAGCAGGGCAUUCAGGAGGAGGGGGGUUGGGGUCCUGGGGGCCCGGGUCAGAGCGGUUCAGCCUCGGUCCCUCCUCCUGGGGCCCCAGGUCAGCAGGGGACGAUGCACAGCCGUAUGGGGCCCAACCCUGGAGGCCCCGGGGGCCUCAUGAGACCCAGCAGUCUACCAGGACCUGCACCCAGGCAGAUGCUGCAGUCGCAGAUGAUGGUCAACGAGAUGGGCAUGCGGGCCCACCAGUUCUCCCAGCAACAGGCUCCACCCAAUCAGACGGCUCCAUGGCCAGACAGCAUGAUACCUAUUGAGGCCUUCAACCAGAACAGGUCUGUGUAUGCCCCCCAGCAGGAGGAGGAGGUGUUGUGUGGGGGUCCGGGGCCCGGCGGCCAGGGGACUGGGGGUCCUGGUGAGGGGGGUUCUAGUGAUGAGGGGGCUCUCAUGUCACAGCUCUACACAGUGCUGAAGGACUUUGAUGGCCUGGAGGAGAUAGACAGAGCCCUGGGGAUACCUACUCUGAUGGGACAGUCUGUAGAUCAGGACCAGUUCUCUUCAGACCCGUCCAUGUUGUUGGACCAGAAGCCUUCAGUGUACGGCCAGCAGGACCCCCCACCCGGCUCCCAUCUAGCCCAGAGAGGAUACCACGACCCUGGGUCCGGCAGACCCAUGCAGGACCCCCCACCAGGCUCCCAUCUAGCCCAGAGAGGAUACCACGACCCUGGGUCCGGCAGACCCAUGCAGGACCCCACAGGGCAAGGCUUCCACCCCAUGGCUGGCCAGAUGAGCCCCAGACCAGGAUACCCCAUCAUGAGGAUGCAGCAACGACCGGGGCUGAGGCCCCAAGGGGUGGUUCCUAACCAGCCUAAUACACUGAGGUUACAGCUGCAGCACCGGCUACAGGUACAACAGAACCGCCAGCCAAUGAUGAUCCAGAUGAGUGGAGUGUCCAAUAUGAACCCAACUUUACAGUCCAACAACCCCAACCAGGGGACCAUCAAUGCUCAGAUGUUAGCCCAGCGUCAGCGGGAGCUGCUCAGUAACCACCUCAGACAGCGCCAGCUGGAGCACCAGAGACAACAACAACAACAACAACAACAGAGGAACAUGGUGAUGAGAGCCCAGGGACUCAACCUACCUCCCAAUAUGGCCGCCGCCAACAUGGCUGCUGCAAGUGGCCAAUCAGGAGGGCUGAGUAACCCCCGGAUCCCCCAGACCACCAACCCUCAGCAGUUCCCCUUCCCACCCAGCUACGGUAUGUCCCAGCAGCCUGACGGAGGGUUUGGAGGACCCACCACGCCCCAGAGUCCCCUGCUGUCCCCCAGGAUGGCCCACGCCCAGUCUCCCAUAAUGCAACAGCAGGGCCAGGGCAAUGCCGCCUUUCAGGGCUUGCCUGACAUUAACGGUUGGCCCCCGCAGGGGAACAUGGGAGGGAACAGUAUGUUCAGUACUCAGCAGUCUCCGCCCCAGUUCACCCAGCAGCAGCAGACUAACGGGGGCGCGGCCAUGUACAACGGCAACGGAAUGAACCACAACGUCUCCAUGGCAACCAACGCCAGCAUGGGUCAGAUGGCUGGACAGAUGGACAUCACCUCACCUGAGAUCACCUCCAUGGGACAAGAACCGAAAUACUGCUAACCCUGGUGGAGCGUUCAGCCAACCAGCACCUUGAUGCUAAUACCCAGGAUCCAAUGAGCUCGCUGGUUCAUCUUCAACCAAUCAACCAACAGCUCUUUGAAUGGACCUGGCAGUGUCCUGACCCAGCUCUACCCAGCCCAACCCGAUCUCCAACCUCACCCACCUGGCAUAAACUGUGCCUCUUAUCUCUACCCACUGGGAGGCUCACCCAGGGGUGAAGGGGGGGGGGGUGAUAGAGCAAAGAUGAGACUUCUAUUGGACUUCUAUCGACCAGAGCCAGGGGCCCUGGUCGAAAGCACCGCACCACACAGAGUUUAGGGAGGCAAGCCUAAAACGCCUCUCUAAAGAAGAACCCGUGAGCCUGUCUGUCUGUCUGUCUGUCUGUCUGUCUGUCUGUCUGCUUAGUGUGACUAACGCGAGGUUCAUGACUAAGUGGAAAAGGCAGACAUACCAGUUGGACGUGCUUUGAACUGGUUGAGAAAUGCUGAUUGGCCAACAAGCUACGUCGAACCAUCAACUAAAAAGUACAAAUUAUAAUGUUCAAAAACCUUUUUAAUAGAUUUCUUUUUAUAAAUAAUGUUUUGUUGCAUUUAAACUGCCAUGAAAAACGCUUGUUAUCGAGGUCGUUUCCUUAGUAGGUGGCGUCAGAGGUCGGCGUGUGGGAGAAGUAGGAGCUCAGGGAUGAUGGAUGAGUUUACCACUAGUUAGUUUACCGCCAGUUUGAGAGAUGUUCAAGAGGAUUUUUCCCUGUCGUAUGUGGUAAAUACCACUUUCCCACUUGGUUAUUGACGCAGAGUUACUGUAGACCCCUUCCCAUCUACUGUAUGACUAUAGGCCCCUCCCCCUUCAAAAAGGUCCCUCCCCCUCUGGGUGAUUGACAGUAGGCCCCUCGCUCUUUGCCUGGAGGCCCCAUAGAGGCCCCUCCCCCUCUGGGUGAUUGACUGUAGGCCCCAUAGAGGCUCCUCCCCCUCUGGGUUGAUUGACAGACUACUGGUGGCAGCGGUGGGAUCCUCCUCAGAUGAAUGUAUUCCUUAGUGGCCAGCUGCCAUUUUUACAAUCUCAUCUCAAGAAAAUGUCAACUGUUUUUUUGGGGGGUUUUUUUCACCUCGCUUUGAUCCCCCCCCCCCUCUUCUUCAGGUUCCUCUCACGUUCGAACCCAUUCUACCUUCUAACGUUUUCUGCGUUCCACAAUGGCAGCAAACUGUGACUCCGAUGUUACGUUUUGGAUCCUGGAGGACAGCGGAGGGAGGGAGCGGAACAGCUGACUACCUUCUAACGUUUUCUGCGUUCCACAAUGGCAGCAAACUGUGACUCCGAUGUUACGUUUUGGAUCCUGGAGGACAGCGGAGGGAGGGAGCGGAACAGCUAACUACUUUCAGUCGUUUUUGCGUUCUUUUUUUUUGUGUGUGUAGUUUUGUUUUUGUUUUCGUAAAGACGAUGAGUGAGGCUGACGACGAUGAGUGAGGCUGACGACGAUGAGUGAGGCUGACGACGAUGAGUGAGGCUGACGACGAUGAGUGAGGCUGACGACGAUGAGUGAGGCUGAGGCUGACGACGAUGAGUGAGGCUGACGACGAUGAGUGAGGCUGACGACGAUGAGUGAGGCUGACGACGAUGAGUGAGGCUGACGACGAUGAGUGAGGCUGACGACGAUGAGUGAGGCUGACGACGAUGAGUGAGGCUGACGACGAUGAGUGAGGCUGACGAGAAAUGGUUUGAAAACCGAUCUUGGAAAGCACAGUUGAUGAAUGGUUUGAUUUAAAGUAAUGCUUUGUAUUAUAAUUAGACAAAUUUAGUCAAAAGGUUUAUAGUGUAUUAAAUUAAGUUGUAUUUUUCUGUAUAGAUGUUGUUUUUUUAUUUUUUAUGUUAGAUUUAUUAUCGUAGCAAAACAAGAUGAUUAUUUGUAAAUCGGUGAAAGUCAGUAAAAAUAACAUUUUUUGUCAUUUUCGUAUCAAUUUGAAAUAAUAUGGAUUUAACUUUGGUCUGGUAGUUCAUAACUUCCAGAACUUAUUGAAAUGAUAUCUUAAGGUUCAAGGAAACCAAAUACAGACAGAUUGUACACACGAGUUAACAACAGAGUUCCAUAUCCUAUUUAUCGUGGGUUUUCUCCCUGUCUGGUCUGGACUACCAUCUGCUAUAAGAGAAGAGUGGUGUGUUUUGUGUUGUUUGUUUGAGAAGAGGAGAGUCACACCGGUAUGGUAUAGGAGUGGGUGGGGUUAUCUUUGUCCAGGCUCUAGUGGGGUUCGUGGGGGGGGGUGGGGGGGGGGGGGGUGUAGGUGUAGGCCAAGGGCGGGCUGUAUAUACAGUGUACAGAUUAUCGCUUGCUUCUCAGCCUUGAGCGUAUAGCGCCAUGAUAGAAAGACGGGACACAAGUCAACACAGCCAUAUACAGUUAUAUAACUCAACAUAAAAGAUUGAACGGAACAAGCGUGCUUUCUAUGUUGAUUGGAGUCUCGGUGCCUCGUGCAAGCUGCUAGGGACAAACCGCUCAGAUCCGUCAGUACGAUGUAAGUAAACAAGCAAUAAUGAGUACUAGGAAUCUUUUUUGUCUUUUGUUGUUGUUGGUUUUAGUAUUUUUUGUUAAAUGUUAAACUCCGUGGUCCGUCAGACUCGGUAUUUAAAAAAAAAACAGAUACUUUUUUGUUUGUUUUUUCAACUGGUUUGUUUUGGAAAAACUCUAAUCCAGAUUAAACGUCCCUCUCAGAUCAUGCUGCAGCGUUUGUCGUGGGUUUAGAGACGGCAGGGAGGGAGUGUGGUGCUGAACCCCGGGUAUCAACCCUCGUAUUACAGAUAGGAUGCGUCAUAAAAUGGCACACUAUUCCCUACAUAGUGCACUACUUUAGGCCCUGAGCCCUAUGGCAUCAUAUUCCUUCGCCCCAUCAGUAACUGGUAUGUUGACCAGUCCCUCUUGAUCCUGUGUGCCUUUCGGGAUGCAGCCAUUCCCUCUCUGACCACAGAGCAGAGACCUAUUGGGCCCUUCUUUCCUUCCUUUAAGUAGUCACUUAGUAUGCCAUGACUGGAUAGGUGACACACACACGUAAUGGGUCUGUGUCCCAAAUGGCACCCUAUGCCCUUUAUAGUGCACUAUUUUUUGUCUGGGGCCAAUAGGGAUCUGGUCAAAAGUAGUGCAAGGAGCACGGUGCUAGGAGCGCUAGGAGCACGGUGCUAGGAGCACUAGGAGCACGGCGCUAGGAGCACGGCGCUAGGAGCACGGCGCUAGGAGCACGGCGCUAGGAGCACGGCGCUAGGAGCACGGUGCUAGGAGCGCUAGGAGCACGGUGCUAGGAGCAUGGCGCUAGGAGCACAGUGCUAGGUGCGCUAGGAGCACAGUGCUAGAAGCGCUAGGAGCACGGUGCUAGGAGUGCUAGGAGCACGGUGCUAGGAGCACGGUGCUAGGAGCGCUAGGAGCACAGUGCUAGGAGUGCUAGGAGCACGGUGCUAGGAGCACGGCGCUAGGAGCACGGCGCUAGGAGCACGGCGCUAGGAGCACAGUGCUAGGUGCGCUAGGAGCACAGUGCUAGAAGCGCUAGGAGCACGGUGCUAGGAGUGCUAGGAGCACGGUGCUAGGAGCAUGGUGCUAGGAGCACGGUGCUAUGAGCACGGUGCUAGGAGCACGGUGCUAGGAGCGCUAGGAGCACAGUGCUAGGAGCGCUAGGAGCACGGUGCUAGGAGUGCUAGGAGCACAGUGCUAGGAGCGCCAGGAGCACGGUGCUAGGAGCGCUAGGAGCACGGUGCUAGGAGCGCUAGGAGCACGGUGCUAGGAGCGCUAGGAGCACGGUGCUAGGAGCGCUAGUAGUCAUAUUCCCUCGUCCCAGUAAUGGGGGAUGGUGACAUCAUAUUCCCUCGUCCCCGUAAUGGGGGAUGGUGACAUCAUAUUCCCUCGUCCCUGUAACUGGUAUAGUGGCUUUAGCUCCGUUGUUUGCAUCAAAAGUCACAUUCCGAUCUCGAAACUACAUCCUCUAAUCCUGAAAUGUUGUAGCCUGGUCCCGUAUAUUUGUGUUCUUGCUUACUCCGUUGCUGCCAAUGUCAACUCUAUGUUGUCAUGACAAUUAGUGACAAGGAGUUGGCAUGAUGGCACAAACAGACUGGCGCCCAUGCUAACAAUGUUGAUAUUUCUGAUGUUAAGCCAGACAUUACUAUGGACAACAAGCCAAAUAUCCCAUGCCUUGUAAAUUGGGUUAUGAAUUCUACCAGCCUUUCAUUACAAAAUGAAGGACAGAGGUGGACUUAGCUGUGUUUCAUCAGUUUUAAAUUAAACUGGCCCCCAAACUGUUACAUCUGCCUCGGAUAAAAAGCCUAUUAGCAGCCCAGACAGUGUGAUAAUAGUCCAUCAGCCUCAGAGAAGCAUGCAACGCCAUCUCGCUGUGUGUGUGUGUGUGUGUGUGUGUGUGUGUGUGUGUGUGUGUGUGUGUGUGUGUGUGUGUGUGUACAGCAUAAUACAUGUAUUUGAUGAGGGUCUGAGAUAAAUUGAAUGUAUUGUCAUUGGCUGAGCUCAGAUCAGAAGAGGCUGUAAAAGUGUUGCGCUGCACCUCAAAAUAUAUCCUGUUCCCUAUGGGCCUCGGGUCACAAGUUGUGCUCCAUAUAUGUAAUGACGCCCCUUUUGAGAUGCAGCCUAUCACUGGGAGAAGCUGUAGAAUAUCGUUCUCAUUGGAUGAUCUAGAACUGCCCAAAACCUGAUGGAUUAAAUUACUUAUAAGCCCUGGUCUGAGAACAGUGUUGAUUUGUACUUCCCUAAUGGUAACUGCUAGGAUUGGCAUGGAGAGAAAGCUGAUCAAGGACAGUCAAAGUAAGAGUGUUGAUCUAGGAUCAGUUUAGUCUUUACAUUACAAUGAAUGGACAAAGGGGAACUGAUGAUAGAUCAGUAUUUCUACGCUCAAAUGAUUUGGGGAAUAAUGUACUUUAUCCUAGCAUUUCCUUUGGACACUGAGGUACAGUAGCAUUUUGGAGCAUAGGGAUGCUAUAAUUUAGUGAUUCCAUAUGUAACACUAUGGUAUGGGGCUCUGUCUCUCGGAGAAGGGCGCAUUCACAUUGUUUUGGUGUACGAUUUAUCACAAUUUAUCGAUCACACUUUUGAUUAAGCUGGAUGUCAAAACAAAUCAAAUCAAACCCCCGUUUGCAAAUUUCCAAAGAUUUGUUAAGAUUUUUAAAUGAAUACAAGCCAUGAGGUAAUGCAUUUUUUUUUAAGCAUUUGUGUCAGUACUUGGAGCAAACAAACUAUUUGCCCCACACAACAACAAAAAAAAUGAUCAUACAGACUUUGAAUUUAAAACAAUUUACGAAAUAAUUCCUCUAUUUAACUUACAUUUUUUAGAAUUUUUUUUUUAUAUGUCCUGUUUUUGUAUAGUCAGCUAAUUUUUCUUAGCGCUAAAAUGCAAGAACCUUAAUGCUAAUAAUCUAGCAUAUUGCCUUAGAUUGUCUGUUCUCGUUCUUGUAUAUUAUAAAGCUGUAUUAUAUUUGUAUUGUGAUAAUGUACAUUAUUAAAAGGGUGAUAAAUCAAUGCUCAACACAUCUUAGUUGGUGGUGAUGAGACUCACAGUAGUCUCUCUCUCUCUCUCUCUCUCUCCCUCCCUCUCUCUCUCAUAUAUAUCUGUGAUUGGUUCAAGGCUGUAUUUGCAUAUUUCCAUUUCCCCUCGUCACAGAACUGUUUGUCAACCGGACUGUGUGUAUGGAAAAAGACGAUGCAAUAUGUCAUAUAUUCUACGGACUUUCUGGAGAAGGAAAGCUUAGUUGUUAACCACUGCUCUGAGAUGGAUUCUUCCAGCCGUGUUGUUCACUGGAAACGUCGACACUUUUCGUUCGCUCACCCAUCACGCAUCAACGUUUUGUAAUCUUUAGUGUUGAGCAUUUUAUUUAAAAAAAAAAGUUAGAUAUACCAACAGAAGUUUAAACACAAUUAUAUGCAAGUUGUUAACCAAUAAGGCUUCGCUGAUGCUAUUUGCAAUUUUAAUGUUGAAUAAUACCAUUGUGAAUAAAUAAUUAUGUUAUCGCAACAUUGAA